CGUAAGAUUUAAAGUUUGGUGCCAGAAGAAGUGUCUUGUUAAAAUAACCGUAUUCUAGAAUUAUGUGGGUGAGGAUUAUGGGCAUAUUACUCAUUGUGGUAUGUCUACCAGGCAGCCAUCAAGACAGUGGGCCUGACCAAGCGAAAUCACCAAGAUUGGUCCGAUGCACAUGACUCAGGCAUAAGUCUACUUGCAGCCGCUCAAGUGUUGCAUCACCACACCUUGCACCUCCUCGGGAUUCAGAUAACAGUGGCUUACAGAAACCUAUCUCAGGACAGGCAAAUCAAGUUCCGAGGGCGUGCCUGCCAAGUGGUGGGAUGCCAAAGUAGAAGAGCGCCAAGGCUACGCAGACCAGCGCACCAAAUCAAGCACUUUCAUUCGUCAUUAAAGAAGUCGUAUGGUCCUGAACGUUCUAUCGCGGCGCUUCCGAAGAGCUGAGUUGACUCCAGCUUCAUCAUGGGCAAGGAGAGCGACCUGAAGAGAUGGUAACAAUACUUCCAAAAUCCCCUGAAGCGAAAUCCUGUUGAAGCCGAGGCACCGCCAAGCACCCAGAACUUUCCAACGUGCCAAGGGACACUUUCAGCAGUGAACGAAGUUACUGCAGCUAUCGGUCAUAAGACAUGGCAAAGCCCCCAGGCCUGUGAGCGCGCUUGCUGAGGUCCCACAACAUGGAGGGAGAUUUUCUUCCAGAAGCCUUUCUUCAGUCAUUUGGAACACCCGUCAGUGUGUUCCACCUUCUCCGUCUUUAAGAAGUAAGGUGAAAGGUCAGACUGGGACCGUUCCUGGGGCUUUCUCUACUCUGCACUGCUGGCAAGCUCCUAGCCAGGGUUCUUCUGGACCAGCUGCUGAAGAAUAUCACUGGCCGCAGGCUCUCGUAAUCACCAUGUGGCUGCAGACUACAGCGUGGCCCCUCGGAUGCGAUCUUCGCAGCGUGUCCGUUACAGGAGCGCCUCCCCAAGGCCUCCUUGCAAUUACCGUGUAUUUUACGAAAGCGUUUCACCUCAUCAGAAGAUCAGGACUCCGGAAAUUGCACCGUAAAUUCGGCUGCCCUGAACCGAACUUAUGUCUUUGAUGAGUGUCAGCAGGAUUCUGAGACGGCUCACCCCGAAAGAUCCAAGGGAUUCCUUGUCCGAUCCAUUUCCCCUUCACCGGUGGAGUAAAGCAGGAAUGCAUGAUAGACCCAGUCCUGUUUGUUUUAUUCUACCCAGUCGCCCUGGGGUGCUGGACUCAGGUGUACGAAUGCACUUCCGCUUCUCCAGGAAGCUUCCAACUCAGCAGGCUGCCCAAGAGUUGAAUGACUGCACCCUAGAGGCAGGGACACACCCCGGAAGACCGGCCGGCAAACGAUUUUGAAAUGCCUGCCACGUCAGCCAGGCGCUGUGGGCUGAUAAGUCUGAAGGUGUUGAAGUAAUGUAUGAGCCUGCGACACCCAAUCGAAGAUACUGCUCGGGACCACGGAGCUAAGUGCCACUGUAUGGUUCUGUUACCUAGGCAGCACGCCUAGCCAGUGAGGCAACAAUAGAGAAGCAAGUAGACAAUCGAAUUAAAGAGGCCAGCCUGUAUUUGGGAGACUGUCAGAGUGGUAACAGCAUGAGUCCAUCAGAGUUGCUAAAUCUAACUCCCUGAUCAGUUCAGUCAACAUCGGUAAUGGGGCGUCCUCAACGUAAACUGCCAGAAGGGACUGCACGCAACUAAAUUCGGGAACGAAGUCCGUUGGCCAGCGCCGAAGAUCUGUGGUGAGAAAAGAGGACACUAAGAUACCUAAAAUCUGCUGUAUGCUUCUGUUCCUAAGAGGAUCCCCGCCAAUCGACUAUGCUUAGAGGAAAGUGAUGGAGCUCUGAACCGAGUUCUACAGCAGAUCCGAGUGCCACCCAAGAUGAAGAGGGGAACGAGCUUGCAUAGCAGGCGGGGCAAGCCAGAGGCCCCAAAGGGAAGUCCCCAGAUCAACAGGAAGUCAGGUCAGGAUGCGGCAGUUUUGCACCCAGGCCGGCCCAGAUCGUCUUCCACCACCGAUGCUCCCACCAGUACAGCUGUUAUGGAAUUUGCCUGUGCCGCGUAUCUACCUGGAGAGGAGGCCACUACGGAAAGGGGUCCCUGUGAACCAAGGAGUCUUCUCAGCCAUCUAAAGGUGAUACCUACGAGAAAGCCUAUCACUAGGAAAUCCAGUCUUGGAAUCCCCAGGAAGAUCGAGCGGUUGGAAGUAAGCAGCCUUGCCCAGACAUCUAGCGCGGUGGCCUCCAGCGCCGACGGCAGUAUCAAUACCGACUCUGUGGAUGGGACCCCAGACCCUCAACGCACAAAAGCCGCCAUCAUCCACCUGCAACAGAAGAUCUUAAAGCUCACCGAGCAGAUCAAGAUCGAGCAGACUGCCCGAGAUGACAACGUUGCUGAGUAUUUGAAACUCGCCAAUAACGCCGACAAGCAGCAGACAGCUCGGAUCAAGCAGGUUUUUGAGAAGAAGAAUCAGAAGUCAGCCCAGACUAUCCUGCAGCUGCAGAAGAAGCUCGAGCAUUAUCACCGGAAGCUCCGGGAAGUCGAGCAGAACGGGAUCCCGCGGCAGCCAAAGGAUGUCUUCAGGGAUAUGCACCAGGGUCUGAAGGACGUAGGGGCAAAAGUGACCGGGUUCAGCGAGGGGGUUGUGGACAGCGUCAAAGGUGGGCUCUCGAGCUUCUCCCAGGCCACCCAUUCAGCCGCGGGGGCCGUCGUGUCGAAACCCCGGGAGAUCGCCUCAUUGAUUCGAAAUAAGUUUGGCAGUGCAGACAACAUCUCUAACCUGAAGGACUCUCUCGAGGAAGGCCAGGUGGAGGAUGGAACCGGGGGAAAGCCCCUGGGGGUGAUUGCGAAUUUUCAGUCGAGCCCAAAGUUUGGUAGUGAGGAAGACUGUUCUAGCGCUACAUCAGGUUCAGUAGGAGCUAACAGCACUGGGGGCUGCCCUCUGGGACCAUCUAGUUCCAAAACGAACACUUUGGACAUGCAGAGCUCAGGACUUGAUGCAAUACUCCAAGAGAUCCAGGAGAUUAGAGAGACCCAGACCAGGCUGGAUGAGUCGUUUGAGAACCUCAAAGAACAUUAUCAGAGGGACUAUUCCUUAAUAAUGCAAACCCUGCAGGAAGAGCGAUAUAGAUGUGAACGAUUGGAGGAGCAAUUAAAUGACCUGACCGAGCUCCAUCAGAAUGAAAUUUUGAACCUUAAGCAAGAACUGGCCAGCAUGGAGGAGAAAAUUGCCUACCAGUCCUACGAAAGGGCCCGAGACAUUCAGGAAGCCCUGGAAGCUUGCCAGACCCGGAUCUCCAAGAUGGAGUUGCAGCAGCAGCAGCAGCAGGUAGUCCAACUGGAAGGACUGGAGAAUGCCACCGCCAGGAACCUCCUGGGCAAGUUCAUCAACAUCCUCCUAGCCCUCAUGGCCGUACUCCUGGUCUUCGUCUCGACCGUGGCCAACUGCGUCGUCCCUCUCAUGAAGACCCGCAACCGGACGUUCAGCACUUUAUUCCUCGUGAUCUUCAUUGCCUUUCUCUGGAAGCACUGGGACGCGAUCUUUGGCCAUGUGGAACGGUUCUUCUCCCCACCUAGAUGAUGCUGAUGAUGUUGUGGGGAGGCCGCUGCCCCCCGCUCUGGCGAGUGCAUGCGGCAAAGAUUAGACAGCAACUUACUCUGAAGUUUCAACCAAUACCAGAGUCGAGUGAAUCUGUUUACAUUUAGAAUAACGUUUUUUCUCUGA